AUGUCCGUUGAAGCCCGCUCCGAGUCAAAUGGCAAAGCGCCCGCCCAGUCUUCGGGCUCCCACCAUCGGUCCGCGUCCGGGCUGGUCAAUGUCCAACCUGCUCGUCUGGGCGAUUUGCAACCCAAAUAUGCGCAAAAGAUUCAGCACGAUGGUGAUAAUCCCGAUGCCCACGGGUGGUAUUCGGGGAUGAUCCACACCCUCGGAGAGUGUAUCGGAUUCUUGGGCGCCAUCCCAUGCUGUAUUUGCUGCCCUAACCCGUUCAAACCAGUGGCCCAAGGCGAGGUCGGUUUGGUGUCUAAAUUCGGACGGUUUGAGCGUUCUGUCGACCCUGGUCUGGUUAAAGUGAACCCUCUGAGCGAGCAUCUUACCGCCGUGGAUGUCAAGAUUCAGAUCGUUGAGGUCCCUCGUCAGGUCUGCAUGACCAAGGAUAAUGUUACCUUGAACCUGACCUCGGUGAUCUACUACCAAAUCGUCUCUCCCCACAAGGCUGCUUUCGGUAUCUCCAAUGUACGUCAGGCGCUUAUAGAGCGCACUCAGACAACUCUACGCCAUGUCAUUGGCGCCAGGGUUCUGCAGGAUGUGAUCGAACGACGUGAGGAGAUUGCGCAGUCGACGUCCGAGAUUAUUGAGGAUGUGGCAGCUGGCUGGGGUGUCCUGGUCGAGUCCAUGCUUAUCAAGGACAUCAUCUUCAGCGAUGACCUGCAAGACUCGCUAUCCAUGGCUGCGCAGUCCAAGCGUAUCGGCGAAAGUAAGGUUAUUGCUGCUCGCGCCGAAGUGGAGUCAGCCAAAUUGAUGCGACAGGCUGCCGAUAUUCUUUCCUCUGCCCCUGCGAUGCAAAUUCGGUAUCUCGAGGCCAUGCAGUCCAUGGCCAAGACCGCAAAUAGCAAGGUCAUCUUCUUGCCUGCGAUGAACCAAACUGUGCAGCAACAGCUCGCGGCUGCCGAAAAUGCCGGCGAAGGACCUAGUCAAUAUGGGUCUGGACAGGUGGACGAUGGAUUUCAACGUGCGAUGAAUGCACGAGUGGUUGAAAAUAUCUGA